AUGGCCGAUUCGCAACCGCCUGCCCUCCACGGCCGCCCGCGAGCAACGCCGUACCGCUUCUUUGUCCGCCUCCGCGACCGUCUCGAGCUCGUCCUCGAGCGCUUCGUCGACGGCGACCCCACCGCGCAGGCGGGUUUUGAGCGCUACAAGGCGGAUCGGGACAGGAGGUGGGCCGAGAGGGACGCGAGGAGGAUGAGGAAAAAGAAGAAAAAGGAAAAGAAGGUCACGGCUGCGGCCGUUGCAAUAUCCGUCAUCAACGGCCCGACAGACGAGACUCCAGUCGGGGACGCCGCCUCUCCCGGCAUGGACAAUGUUUUCCCCCAGAACCACGCCGACGAGGAGACGGGUCUGGACGCCCCGAAGACUGGGGACAAAGGCAAGGACAAGGGCAAAGAUAACGCGCCAUGCCAGGGAGACGACGACGACGACGACGACGUGGGACGAGCGCCCGGUGCCGCCGGAGGUUCGACAGCGAGACGACACACCGACGCUCCGCCGCGCGGCACCCAGAGAUCGGGCACCUUCUCGUCGCUUGUCGGAUCCACCCUCGGGGAGCAGGGACGGCGCAAGAGGAAACGGCCAUACGCGAGGCCUGGGUACUUCGACCCCGACCCGUUUCCGCAGGGGCCAAGCUGCGGCACCGACGCGACCGUCGCAGAAGUGGGAGUGGGGGACGAGGACCGGUUGGAGAUGAACAUUCCCGUCGAGUUGGGAAGGAGGUCGUGGACGGUCCCCAUUGGUACCGCAAGAUGA